AUGAGGCUCUCCUUCAAACUCCCGGCGGCCCUCCUCGGUCUCGCAGCCCUAGUCACUGCCUCCAACGUUGUCGAGCUCGACUCAAAGAACUUUGACCAGCUUAUUGGCAAGGACAGGCCAGCUCUUGUUGAAUUCUUUGCUCCCUGGUGCGGCCACUGCAAGAACCUCGCCCCCGUGUACGAGCAGCUCGCCGAUGCCUUCGACAUCAACGAGGUGAUCAUCGCCAAGACCGACGCCGACGGUGUCGGCCGUGAGCUCGGCUCGCGCUUCGAGGUCAAGGGGUACCCUACCCUCAAGUGGUUCCCGGCUGGUUCGCUCGAGCCCCAGGAGUACAACUCGGGUCGUGACCUCGACUCUCUCGUCGCCUUCGUCCAGGACAACUCUGGUGUCAAGUCGAACAUCAAGCCGCCUCCCCCUCCUGCCGCCAAGGUCCUCGACGGCCGCAACUUUGACGACGUCGUUGACGGCUCGAAGAAUGUCCUCGUGGCCUUCACCGCCCCUUGGUGCGGCCACUGCAAGAACAUGAAGCCCGCGUACGAGAAGGUUGCUUUGGCCUUUGCGCCCGAGGAGGACGUCAUCGUCGCCCAGGUCAACGCCGACGACAUGUCCAACAAGCACAUCGCGCAGCGCUACGAGGUCCGCUCUUUCCCCACCAUCAAGUUCUUCCCCAAGGGCUCCAAGGAGCCUGUGGCGUACAACUCUGGCCGCAGCGAGCAGCAGUUUGUCGACUUCCUCAACGAGAACUGCGGCACCAACCGCACUCCCUCGGGCCUUCUGAACGACAUCGCGGGCAAGAUCCACGACCUCGACGUCCUCGCCCAGAAGUACUGGUCCGAGCUCCCCAGCCGCGAGGAGGUGUACAACAACGCCAAGGCGUACGUCACCCAGCAGUCGGCUGGUCUCGACACCCGCGCGCGCACCGCCGCCGCGUACUACGUCAAGGCGAUGGAGCGGAUCAAGGCCAAGGGAGACGCGUGGCUCACCAAGGAGCAGGCUCGUCUCGCCAACCUCCUCGCCUCGCCUUCGAUGGCGCCUACCAAGCUCGACGAGAUCAAGGUCAAGGCCAACAUUCUCGGCGCAUUCGUCGCCCAGAAGGCUGAGGAGCUCAAGAACGACCUGUUCAACGACGGCCAGCAGGUUAUUGGAAAGGCUAAGGAGGAGCUCUAGGCUCUGAGCGCUUGGUAGCCAAG